AUGCAAUACCAAGAUCACAACUCCGCUGGCGGUAUUGACCAACAGGGCACCCCCGCGAACUUUGGUUGGGACUGCUGCAUCUACGGAGACCAAUAUGCAUGCAUGAAGAUCCAUGGACCUGAGCAGGCAAUACUUGAAGGCGAAGAAGCCGUCUGGGAAGUGGAACAAGUGGAACAAGAGGACACGUCUGAUGACGAUGAAGAUGACAGCUCCGAUGAAGACGAUACCUCCGAUGAAGACGACGCCUCCGAUGAAGUAGAAGAGACAGAAGAUGGAUUCGAAGGUUACGAGCAAACCGCAGUUCAUGCAACAUCCUCUCGUAGCUUUUUUCAAUUUCACAACACUGCGAAAACCUCCAGCAGAUUCCGUACGUUGACCGGCAAAGCCAAAGAGCAUCUACGGGACGAGAACAAUCGCAAGAAAGCGGUAGAAACGUUCCAGAACGGUAUGCGAGAAGUCACGGCUUUUGUGACUGAAAUUCAGGCCAAGCAGGGAGCAGCGGGUUCUAAACGCGCUGGGCCAAAGGGUGAUGGGAAGGAGUUGGCGAUGAUUUGCGGGAAGGUGGCGAUGAAGAGGUUCAAGAAGUGA